AUGGCUACAUACCCUCCAGGUCGCCGCUCCCACCGGAAGUCACGGGCGGGUUGUGUGCAAUGCAAAAAACGAAAAGUCAAGUGUGAUGAAAACAAACCAAGCUGCCAAAAUUGUGAAAGGCAUGGGGUGAUAUGUUCUUUCGCCAGCCCCUCGCGGCUGCCCUCCGCACCUCCAGCGGUGGACUUUGCGGAGUCACCGGGACCAUCGUCAGGCCCUGAAAAUGCCACAUCUAGAGUGACAACCAUAUUACCCCCAAUUCCGCCAAUCACACCUCAAAGUCUUCCAAGCUUGCAUUCAUUAGCUCCUUUUCCGUCCACAUUGGCGGUCUUUGAUCUGGAGCUCUUACAUCACUACACCACUUCAACUUGCUACACGCUGUCCCGAAGCCCGGCAGUCCAGACAGUUUGGCGCGAAGAAGCGCCCCGGAUUGGAUUCUCGGAGCCCCUGGUAUUGCACACGUUGUUGGCACUCACUGGAUUGCAUCUCGCUCGCUCCGACGAGAGUCGACGUGCGAGUUGCCUGGCACAUGCGCACAUGCACCACAGCAUUGCAGUGCGAGAGGUCGUUCCUUUGGUCGCACCACUAGCGCAAGAUAACGGUGCUGCAUUAUUCAUGUUCUCCACCCUGACCUGUAUGUUCUCCUGCGCCAAACCAUCAGAGGAAGGCCAAUUUCUGGUCCUUUUUGAGCGAGGUGGUCUGGCAAAUUGGGCACGCUUCUUCCGGGGAACGAAAACGAUCAUCCAUAGCGGUGGAGAAGAUCUGCGUAAGGGAAAGCUGGCUCCAAUCUUCAUGAAUGGCGAAUUCCUAGCUGCAUCUCACCGUUCGCCAGAGGCGCUUGAACAGGGCAAGCCGUACGUCUGGGAAUUGCAAGUGAUGAUACAGAAAGAAUGUUCAGCGGAUCCUCAAUUACUGAAUGUGUAUCAGGAGACUCUGGACGAAUUGGCCCGGACGCUGGCUCUCACUAUCCGGCCUGACAGUAUGCGACGACUUGAGACUGCAGAUGUUUUCCGGUGGCUGCUUGAUAUCUCGGACGAUUAUCUGAACCUCGUGCUGCAGGAGGCGCCUAUUGCGUUGAUUAUAUUUGCUUAUUGGUGCGCUGCUAUCCGCCAGAUUGAGUGGAUGUGGUGGAUGGAUGGCUUAAGCUCGCGCCUCCUCACACAGCUUGUUUCCGUGUUGGACCCAAAGUACAGAGAGUGGCUUUGGUGGCCUGAUGAGAUCAUCAAUGGCAGACAACAUCACGCUAUAUGA